AUGGCCGCCAACAAGCAGGGCAAGAUGAUCAACUAUCGGAUGAGGGUAACCCUUAACGAUGGUCGACAGAUGACCGGCCAAAUGCUGGCUUUUGAUAAGCACAUGAACCUCGUUCUUGCCGACACAGAAGAGUUCCGUCGCACCAAGCGGAAGUCGAAGCCCGCUGCCGGUCCCUCAAACACCCCAUUGGUCGAAGCAGAGGAGAAGCGUACUCUUGGUCUUACUAUCGUUCGCGGUACCCAGGUUGUCUCUUGCUCCGUUGACGGCCCUCCUCCCGCCGAUCCAUCUGCGCGUCUCGGCGCUGCCGGGCCUGGCGUCGCUGGCGCCGCCGCGACUCUCGCUGCCGGUCCCGGUAUCAGCAAGCCCGCUGGUCGUGGCCUGCCCAUUGGACUUGGUGGUCCCGCUGCUGGUGUGGCUUUGGAGGCUUCCCACCUGGUGGUUUCCCUGGUGCGCCGCCUCCUGGCUUCCCUGGUCGUGGAGGACCCCCUGGUGGACCUCCUGGCUUCGCUCCUCCUCCUGGCUUCGCUCCCCAAGGCGCUCCUCCCCCCGCCCCAGGGACGGGGCUACCCGCCGCCCGGUUUCCCCGGUCGAUAA